GCACGUGUUACAGAUCCUUCUGGAAACGGAGAGUGGGUAUCAUACGGCUGAAACGAAAGUGAAAGCCUAAGGAAACCCGUCUUCAUGUCGCGGUCGCUGCACCAGCAUGACGGCGCUCAAAUAUAUUCUCUUCAUCGGUUUGUUUAGCACAGGUGUUCUGGGGUCUGUAGCGGGAAUCCGCUGGCUGCCCUGUCAGCUGGUGGAGGAGUUUUUCCAGCUGAACACCGAGGGCCAUUUAGAAACUAGCUUCCAUCCCAGAGAUGUAGUUCUGCAGUUUGGAAAGCCUGGAGACCGGCCGGAAUUCCCAGAGGUCGUUACUUUCCUAGUGACAGUCCACGCUGGGUCGAAGACAGACAUGCGGCAUUACGCAGACGGAGACCCGGGCGACCUUCACUGUGAGAUCCGGAGGUACAGCACGGCGGGUAUCCAGGUGCUCUGGAGAGGCCCUGAGGCCCAGGAGGAUGACGUCUGGUUCACCUGUGCACUGCAGCACAGUCAGGGCCUCUUCAGUAUGACCACAUUCCUCAGACACAGGCCGGCCACGCCCCCCAGCCCCCAGGACGACAUCAACAAGUGGAGCCCCAUUGGAGAGCGGGAGACUCUCAGCACAACCGCGGUCAUGCUGGUCCUGACGCGCUCGCCCGCGGUCACGUCGGCCCUCAUGCGAGACCCCACACUGCACUGUCAGUUCGUAGUGGACCACAAGCAGCCCGACCUGACCGUGGAAUGGCGCCUGCAGAAACACGGCGAACGCAAGAAGCUGUACAGCUUCAGCAGCCGCACAGGCACCAGUGAGGGCAGGGGCGUAUCUGUACGAGCCCUCAGCGCCGGCAAUGCCUCCCUGCUGCUCCCCCCUACCACCACAGCCAGUGAGGGCACCUACAUCUGCUCCGUCUACGUGCCUCCGCUGUACGGGAGCCACGACAUCAGCCUCCAGAUCCUGGAGAGUCCCCGGGUCAGCCUGAAUGUUGGCCCCACCCUUCAGCUGUCUGAGGGAGAGUCACAGAAGGUGGUAUGUGAGGCAGAGGGCUACUACCCACUGGACGUGCAGAUGGAGUGGCUCCGGCAGCAACCGGGCCAGCGUCUCCCAGAAGUUCUGAAGACUGUGCUCUUCUCCAGCCACCGGCACCACCCUGGAGGAACCUACAGUCUGUCUGCCUUCUUCUUCCUGCAGCCGACCGCCAGGGACUCGGGCUACAUCUACACCUGCAGGACGUCCCACGCCUCCCUGCACACCCCCAUACGCAAGAGCUUCACGCUCCUCGUAGCAGAGUCUGCAAGCUGGACUGACAUCAUCUGGGGAGUCGGCAUGUUUGUAUUCAUAGUUAUCAUGAUCUUCUUUCUGCUUGCGAUGUUGCUUUACCUGCAUAGAGCAAUAAAAGAAUCAAAGAAGGCAAAGCCGUACUGAUGCUCUGAGGACCGGACUGCCAUGCUAAGGACACAGCAGAUGAUGAGCAGACUUCCAUCUCCUCCUCCUUGCUGUAAAGCGAGUCGAUGGUGUUUGGGAUUGUGGGUUACAGGACAGAGCAGACGCUGUAGGGCUCAGCUUGGGGUUCGGGUUAGGGUUAGGGUUAGGGUUGUGUGUAACGUGCAGAGACUCCCAGUGUAAUGCUACCAGCUCAUAUCUUUCAUUUGAUCAAAUAAUUAAUGACGGAACUGAUUGGGAUGAAUUGUUCAAAUUUCUGAGGGUGUCAAGUAAAUACGGCAGCUUUGCUGGUUCCCGAGUCCCCAAGAGAUCAGAAGGUUGCAUUAACCUAGAAUAAUCUGCUGAAACAUGUAGGCGUCUCAUUAGUCAUUUUGGGUUUCUGCGAUUCAUGUUCAGUCAAUGAAUGAUACAUCCAGGAAUUGAAUGCAAUCAGAGGAAAUACUUGAUUCUUACUAAUUUUACCUUGAGUGUGUAUUAUAGUAUAAUGGGGAAGAUGGUGGCACAGGAGGUAGUGCUAUCGUUCGGCAACCGGCGGGUUGCAGGUUCGAGCCCUGGUUCCUCCUGACCCCAUCAAAGUGCCCUUGAGCAAGACACUGAACCCCAAACUGCUCCCGGUGAGCAGGUUGGCACCUUGCAUGGCAGCCUCCGCCCCCGGUGUAUGAAUGAGUGUGUGAAUGGGUGGCAUGAAAUGUGAGUGCUUGUAGGAGUGGAAAAGCGCUGUAUAAAUGCAGUCCAUUUGCCAUUUUUAGAAAAAUAAUAAAAUUUGUGGAAAUGUCA